GGGGCUGUGAGGGCCUGCUCCUGCACCUGGCAGGCCACUAAAGUGAUUCUUGUGUGUCAUUUCAUCCCGGAGUUUGGCCAUUCUCCCAUAACAAACCAGCGUGCUCUCUGUCUUGCCUGAACGUGACAGUAAACACUGGGUUCUGCGCACGCGAAAAUCAGAAUGGGACGGCCUGCAACACUGGGGCGUCGAGCCUCGUCCCCUUGUGCUUACAGACGCACAACGGUGGAUGAAUCUCGGCACGGUGCCGUGACCUUGUCGACUGCCCGACACACAGGGUGCAGGUUGUCCCAUGUGUCACAUUACCGACACACAGGGUGCAGGUUGUCCCAUGUAUCACAUUACCGACACACAGGGUGCAGGUUGUCCCAUGUACCACAUUACCGACACACAGGGUGCAGGUUGUCCCAUGUACCACAUUACCGACACACAGGGUGCAGGUUGUCCCAUGUACCACAUUACCGACACACAGGGUGCAGGAACAAACUUUCAUAUUUCAAGCAUUUUUCAAAUUCAAAACACUUUAAUAAAAACAAUAAUAAACUUGGGUGGGACAAUGUCGGUAAGUGUAAAAAAUGAGACAACCUGCACCCCUUGUAGGUCAGCAAAUGUUGCAACCAAAAAAUAUAAUCAAACACACACACACACACACACACACACACACGGCGGCCAGCAGUGAGUCACACCGAAGGGGGCCUCCCCUCGGCCAGGCAGCGAGCCUUCCACUGCUCGGCACUGACCACUGGCGCACCAUGCCACCCACCAUCCGUCCGUCAGUCCGAGGCUAGGCGGCAUAGAGAGUGGACGCACCAGCGACUCGCUCCUCGCCGCCAGCACCAGCCAUGGACGUGCCCCAGCUGCCCCGCCACCAGUUUCAGCUGGAGAUGGACAGCGACGCCAUGUUCAUCUCCGUCCCUGAGAGCUCCUCCCCCCAGUACGCCCCCGCCAAGCUGUGCCCUCCCCAGCACCCCGGCCUGUACGCCCCCCAGCCGGGCACCCCGCCCCAGCUGGUUCCUGACGCCGCCUCCUGGACCUCGCCACAGCCGUGCCCGCAGGCCUGGCCCACACACCAGGGUCCUCCGGGGGGCGCGGCGGGCCUGGAGGAGGCGUUGCCAGACUUCACGCCGUGGCUAGAGGACUUCCAGGGGCUACAGGUGUGCCAGGGCGAACCUAAGCUACUUCAUGAGUCGCAGGGCGUGCCACAAGUGUCGCAGUGCGUGCUACAGAUGCCGCAGUGCGUGCCACAGGUGCCGCUGGGGCUGCAGGGCGUGCCGCUGGGGCUGCAGGAGUCCCAAGGAGUGCCAUAUUUUCAACAGGUCUGCCAAGACGUGCCACAAGUGCCGCAAGGUCCGCACGGAGCGCUACAGGUGGGCCAGGGCGAGCCGCUGGAGUCUCAGCAGUCCCCGGCGUCGCAGGAAGGCUCCCCUGAGGGCGCGGUGGGCCCCCGGCGAGCGCGCCGCGCCCCGCGCCCCCGCCGCUCCAAGCUGUACGAGCGUGAGGAGCCCUUCGAGGAUCCGCAGCAGGAGAAGCGGCGCCGCGACGCCAUCAACUCCAAGAAGAACCGUGACGCCAGCAAGGCCAAGAUGACUGACCUUCGCCGCCGCGUGGACGCCGCCGCUACGCUGCGAGACAAUUUACGGCGCGAGGUGGCGGCGCUGCGCCAGCGGGAGACGCAGCUCUUGGCGCAGCUGGAGGGCCAGGCGCCCGCCGCCGCCUCCGUGACGACCCUCACCCCGCCUGGCCAGGGCAGCCCCGUCGCCGCCACCCUGCCGCCCGCCGCCACCCUGGCCGGCACUCCGCAGGGCACCGCCUUCCUGCCGGCGACCACCGCCACCACCGCCAGCCUGCACUGCCCCUCGCCGCACCUCACCCUCGCCACGCCCUACCUGCCCCCCACGCCCCCCAGUAGCUGCAUGCAAGCCGACACCCUCCUCACCCCCACCCCCUCACCCGGCCCCUACUUCAGCCCCUUCACCCCCCCGACCCCCCACCCGCCUCACUAACCCACGCCCCCCCUGAUGGACGGGCUUUGCUCAAGCGUGUAGAAACAUGUAGACUGUAAGGACACACCUAGAUGAUAGAGUUCAAACGUUGCCGCCUUGCCUUGCCUCACCCUGACUAACUGCUCCCGCCAAACAUGUAUCGUGUCUGUGUGACGCUCGCCAAUAAAAGGUACAACACACACCUG